AACCAAGACUCGUCCUUAAAAAAAAAAAAAAGACUCAUAAAAUUUUGGGCUAUGGGCUAAAGCCCAAAUGAUGGACUACCCAAAGCAGGCCCGGGCUUAAGCCUAAAGCCUACAAAGCAUAGCCCGGGUCAAUUCUGCUUCCUUCCUUGCUCACGCACUGCAAUUUGCCUCUCUCCUUCAUCUGCCGUGAUCUCUGUACUCACUGCCAUUGUUGCCUUCACAGAGCUUCAUCUUGCUGUGUACAAUUGCAGAAGAAUUCAGGCGAAAAUGACAAAUGAGAUUACAACGAGCAGUGAGAUAGAUUACGAAUGUGAAGAUUUUAAUAGUUCGAAGCGACCAAAAAUGACAUCUAAAGUAUGGGAUGAAAUGGAGCGUGUCCAAACAACUGAAGGUAAUAAAGUUCUAUGCAAAUACUGUGGAAAGCUGUUACAAGAUAACUGUGGAACUUCUCAUUUGAAGCGACAUUUAGUCAUAUGUCCCAAGCGACCAAAACCAUUGGGUGUUGUUACUCAAGAUUCAAUGCCUUCUGGGUAUCUCAGAGGUAUCUAUAGUGCCAAAGAUUCUGGAUCAAGCAAAGCGCUUAUGGUACGGCCAUUAAAGGCCGAACCUCAAUCACAGGUCAUAUGUUUUUCUCCAGCUCCAAAUUAUGGAGCUGCAACUGUUACUAUUGCGUCCGUUAAAAAUACUUCCGGUACCAUUGGAGAACUAAAUCAUAAAAGUAGUCCCACUUUGUUACUUCCUAGCGUUGAAUCUCCCCGAAAUCAAGAGGAACUGUCUCUGGAUGACGGAGAAAUGAAUGCAUUUUAUGCUUCUCUCGAUGUCGAGAGCCCGUUUAAGUCACCUACACAAGAUACCACAGUCAUCACUGAAUCAUCCAACACUACGUCGCCUUGUGAAGAGACAAGCAAAGCAUUGAAAACACUACAAGACCUUCUCUCCAAAGAGUUCUCUGUUCUUUUGCAGACUGGACAGUGCGGUACUGUGAAAUCUACGAUUGAAUACCUUUCGAAGAUGUCUGCGGUCAACGGAAUCUCUUCGGAAAUGAGGUUGUUGAUAUUAGAAGUUUCUAGAGAAUUCACUCGCUGGAGUUGUGACUACAACGACGCCAGUAAGAAAAUAGAGUCUGCGAGCUCCCACAUCAUGAAAGCAGAUAAAGUAGAAGAAAGUCUUGAAGCAAACAAGAAUGAGUUCAAGGAAGUUUUGUCCUUAGAAAAUGAGUUGUGCAACCAGCUUGCAACUUUGGAGCAAAGAAAGAAGGAGCUAGAAGAGCAAAUAAAUGCGAUCAAAGCUAACAUAUCGGUGUUUCAAUCGGCUAAGAUCACAGCUACGAAGAGAAAAAGGGAAGUUUUUGAAGAAGCAAAGACUCUCAAAGCACAAAGAGAUGAGUUGAGAGAACAAGUUCCUCACUUGAAGGAUGAGAGGGAAGUGGCCAAGAAAAUCCAAGAAAAUAUUCAAGCUGAAUGGUUAAAGCUUGGAGAAAAAUUUAAUAAAAGCUUAAAUGGGGUAAAUUCUUCUGAAAAAUUGGAUGGUAAAUCCUCCAUUCAGGCUUGUCAAUCAGAAAAUUCCUUAUAACAAACUGAUUUUCAAUUUUAACUAUAUCAGAUACUUUGUUGUGUACUUCUAUGGUGAGAAUUGAACCAUUUUUUUCAAUUGAUUUAAAUCUCAAGAUCUUAUUCGUCACAAAGGACCUUGCUAUGGUAUUUCGUUGUAUAUAUAUUUUAAAAUGUGUUGUGAAA